AUGCGGUGUGGGCUGAGGUCUCUUAUCAUGCUGUGCCUCCUACUGCUGUUUGUGGCUGCAAGGGUUGGCACAGCUUCGUUUGUGGCAGAGUGGAAUCCAGAAACCGCGGUGGACGAAGAGACAUACUCGGCCCAGCUGGCCGCGCUGCCGCAGUUUGAUGCCACGGGCUGGACGAAGAAAGCUGAUUCCCGCUGCGGCGUCGAACCUGCUUUCCCCGUCAACCGGCAAGUACUUGUAAAGGUGCAGACAGCCACGGGGGAGCGUCAAUUUGUGCUGUAUAUUCCUGCGUCCUACACGCGACGUGGCAACUCAAAGGUUGCACUUCAACUUCUUUUUCAUGGGCUAAGUGACAGCUGUGGCGGCUUUUUGAACGCCACCGGCCUUGUGGAGUACGCAGACCGAGAUGGAUUCAUCGUGGCAAGCCUCUGCGGCUCUCGUGGACUUGUCGGCGUCGGGUGGAACUCCGGCACGUGCUGCGGAUUCCUAGUGCCCGAUCGCCCUGACGACUUUGAAUUUACCGAGAAGGUUCUCGAUGUUGUCGCUGCCGGUGCGUGCAUCGACCGGACAAAGGUGAUGGCGGUUGGUUUCAGCAAUGGGGCCAUGAUGGCAGAAGUGCUUGGUUGCGAGAAACCAAAGUUGAUCCGCGCAGUUGCGUCAGUCGGUGGUAUUGUGGAGUUGCGCCCCGGCAAUGAGGCCGGUCUUGAGGUAUGUGGCCGUGACAUUCGCUCCGACAACCCUGAUGGCCGCCGUCCAAGCAUUUUGAUGGUGCACGGCAACCUAGACCUCAUUGUUCCCGUGAUUGGCAACAAACUACUGGGAUUCCCACCUCUGAAGGAUAAUGUUGCUGCCUGGGCAAGCUUCAAUGGAUGCGGCGCAAAUGCCAAUGUCACCUUGAAUGUAACCAAGUACACAAACGAAGUUUAUACGGACUGCGACAGUGCAGCCGCGGCCUCGGAGCCUCGCAUGCGGCGUUAUCUGUUUCGUGCAAGAAACGUCGUUAAGGGGCGCCUUACAGGUCUUAACAUGGCUUCUCUUGGCCACUCCAUUGUUGAGGUUGUGCAUGCACUUUACGCCGGCCAUUCUUGGCCAGAGGACGGGGAAUUUUCGACAAGAAACUACAUUUACGAGUUUGGUAAAAGAGUGUUCUCAAGUUACUAA